UUCCUUCACAUCAAUCAACAAUACAGCCAUAAGCUAGCAUAUACUUCUCCUUCUGCACAUAAAGGUUCUCCAAGCCAUCCUUUUUUUGUGAAUUUUAGAAAUCAAAAAGAUUCUGCAAUGGCUUCUAAAGCGAUUGAAAUGAGCCUAGUUUUAGUUCUAGUAGUAAUGUUAUGUGGAGGAGCCAUGGCUCAGUCAAGCUGUACUAGUGCACUUCUUGGCUUGUCCUCGUGCCUUAACUACAUCACGGGGAAUUCAUCAACUCCGUCAUCUUCUUGCUGCUCACAACUCGGCAAUGUUGUUCAAUCACAGCCACAAUGCCUUUGCACAGUUUUGAGUGGUGGUGCUGCUGCUCUGGGUUUAAAUGUUAAUCAAACUCAAGCUUUAACUCUUCCUAGGGUUUGCAAUGUGCAAACUCCACCCCUAAGUCAAUGCAACACUGCAAAUGGACCACCAACAAGUUCAGCAGCCACACCAGCAAGUUCACCUGAGGGAUCUCCAUCUGAUACUUCUGAUGAAACACCUGACACUCCGAGCACUCCGUCAGACUCAAACGAUCCAUCAGGAGGAGGAUCUAAAACAGUUCCCUCGACAGAUGGAACCACAUCUGCUGGCGGAAACAUCAAAGUGCCCGUUCAUAUUGUACUUUUUGCUCUCUUCAUUGCAUCAUGUGCUUCAGCAGCCAGCAAAUUUUGAGUCCUGUACUCUUCAGGCCUUAUAAUAGUUCUGUCAUUCAUAUAUUUACUUGUAAGAAAUUUGUCAGAGUAUUUUACACCAUUCCACCUCUGUAACGAUUUUUUUUUUAUAUUCUUUUCUUAUUAGGAUGAUUAUGUAUUGGGUAUUUUGCAUCUAAAUAUAUGAAUUGCAAAUCUGUAUUACUGUUUA